CACUUCCGGGGCGGAGGAGGCAGAGUGGUGCAGUGAGGGACAAACAAAAGGAGGAGCCCGGCGGAGCGCGGCGUCCGGUGGCGGGACGGCGUGGCGGAGGGCUGGGGCUGCCUGCCGGGCGCCUGCGAGCGGCGAGCCCAGGGCGGCGGCAGCGUCCAUGGAGCAGAAGGAAUGCCAGGACCCUGUGCAUCCGGACAGGGACCAGCCUCAGCACCAACAGCUAGCACAAAGAUAGCAGAGCCACCUCAGGGCUAAACCAUGAUCCCAGUGACAGAGCUCCGCUACUUUGCGGACACACAGCCAGCAUACCGGAUCCUGAAGCCAUGGUGGGAUGUGUUCACUGACUACAUCUCCAUUGUCAUGCUGAUGAUCGCUGUCUUUGGGGGGACGCUGCAAGUCACCCAGGACAAGAUGAUCUGCCUGCCUUGUAAGUGGGUCACCAAAGACUCCUGCAACGACUCCUUCCGAGGCUGGGCCUCCAGCCCAGAGCCCACUUACCCCAACUCCACAGUCCUGCCGACUCCUGACACAGGCCCCACAGGGAUCAAGUACGACCUAGACCGCCACCAGUACAACUAUGUGGACGCUGUGUGUUACGAGAACCGCUUGCAUUGGUUUGCCAAGUACUUCCCGUACCUCGUGCUCCUGCACACCCUCAUCUUCCUGGCCUGCAGCAACUUCUGGUUCAAGUUCCCACGCACCAGUUCAAAGCUGGAACACUUUGUGUCUAUCCUGCUCAAGUGCUUCGACUCACCGUGGACGACAAGGGCCCUGUCAGAGACAGUGGUGGAGGAGAGUGACCCCAAGCCAGCCUUUAGCAAGAUGAAUGGCUCCAUGGACAAGAAGUCAUCUACAGUCAGCGAGGAUGUGGAGGCCACUGUGCCCAUGCUGCAGCGGACCAAGUCACGGAUUGAGCAGGGCAUCGUGGACCGAUCGGAGACAGGCGUGCUGGACAAGAAGGAAGGGGAGCAGGCGAAGGCCCUGUUUGAGAAGGUGAAGAAGUUCCGGACCCACGUGGAGGAGGGGGACAUUGUGUACCGCCUCUACAUGCGGCAGACCAUCAUCAAGGUGAUCAAGUUCGUCCUCAUCAUCUGCUACACGGUCUACUACGUGCACAACAUCAAGUUUGACGUGGACUGCACCGUGGACAUCGAGAGCCUGACAGGCUACCGCACCUACCGCUGUGCCCACCCUCUGGCCACGCUCUUCAAGAUCUUGGCGUCCUUCUACAUCAGCUUGGUCGUCUGCUAUGGCCUCAUUUGCAUGUACACGCUGUGGUGGAUGCUGCGGCGCUCCCUCAAGAAGUACUCGUUUGAGUCGAUCCGGGAGGAGAGCAGCUACAGUGACAUCCCAGACGUCAAGAACGACUUCGCCUUCAUGCUGCACCUCAUCGACCAGUACGACCCACUCUACUCGAAGCGCUUCGCCGUCUUCCUGUCUGAGGUGAGCGAGAACAAACUGCGGCAGCUGAACCUCAACAACGAGUGGACGCUGGACAAGCUGCGCCAGCGGCUCACCAAAAACGCCCAGGACAAGCUGGAGCUGCACCUGUUCAUGCUCAGCGGCAUCCCCGACACCGUGUUUGACCUGGUGGAGUUAGAGGUCCUAAAGCUGGAACUGAUUCCUGAUGUGACCAUCCCGCCCAGCAUCGCCCAGCUCACAGGCCUCAAGGAGCUGUGGCUGUACCACACCGCAGCCAAGAUCGAGGCUCCCGCCCUGGCCUUCCUGCGAGAGAACCUGCGGGCGCUGCACAUCAAGUUCACCGACAUCAAGGAGAUCCCUCUGUGGAUCUACAGCCUGAAGACGCUGGAGGAGCUGCACCUGACGGGCAACCUGAGUGCCGAGAACAACCGCUACAUCGUCAUCGACGGGCUCCGGGAGCUCAAGCGCCUCAAGGUGCUGCGGCUCAAAAGCAACCUGAGCAAGCUGCCGCAGGUCGUCACGGAUGUGGGUGUGCACCUGCAGAAGCUGUCCAUCAACAACGAGGGCACCAAGCUCAUCGUCCUCAACAGCCUCAAGAAGAUGGUGAACCUGACGGAGCUGGAGCUGAUCCGCUGUGACCUGGAGCGCAUCCCUCACUCCAUCUUCAGCCUGCACAACCUGCAGGAGAUUGACCUGAAGGACAACAACCUCAAGACCAUCGAGGAGAUCAUCAGCUUCCAGCACCUGCACCGCCUCACCUGCCUUAAGCUGUGGUACAACCACAUUGCCUACAUCCCCAUCCAGAUCGGCAACCUCACCAACCUGGAGCGCCUCUACCUGAACCGCAACAAGAUCGAGAAGAUCCCCGCCCAGCUCUUCUACUGCCGCAAGCUGCGCUACCUGGACCUCAGCCACAACAACCUGACCUUCCUCCCCGCUGACAUCGGCCUCCUGCAGAACCUCCAGAACCUGGCUGUCACGGCCAACAGGAUCGAGGCGCUCCCCCCAGAGCUCUUCCAGUGUCGGAAGCUGCGGGCCCUGCACCUGGGCAACAAUGUACUACAGUCACUGCCCUCAAGAGUGGGUGAGCUGACCAACCUGACCCAGAUUGAGCUGCGGGGCAACCGGCUGGAGUGCCUGCCCGUGGAGCUGGGCGAGUGUCCACUGCUGAAGCGCAGUGGCCUGGUGGUGGAAGAGGACUUGUUCAGCACGCUGCCACCCGAGGUGAAGGAACGGCUCUGGAGAGCUGACAAGGAGCAGGCCUGAGCAAAGCCUGGAGGAGCAGCAAGGACCCUUGGCACGCCCUCAAGCCAGUGGGCAGCCCAGCUCUCCCAUGACUGCUGGACAGCCAGCUGGGUUCAGCCAGGCAGAGCCCAGGCCAGGCGUGAGCUGGGCCGGGGCAGAAGACAGGGGCUGAGGGCUGGUCCCUUUUCUCCGUCUGGGACUCAUACACCUGGGGCAGACACUUGCUGGAGACUGGAGUCUUUGAAACUAGUCUCAGUGCAGUAUUUGGACAAUCAGAGUGUCCACCCUAGAGGCCAUCUCUGCCUCAGAGGCCCAGGGACAGUAACGUAGACCUGGCAUUCUUUCCCACUAGCGUCUUCACCCUACAGAGAGCUUAGCAUUCCCGUGGCUUGGCUCUGGGAAGUGUUUAAGCAACCUGGCAGUGUUCGCCUCUUACUUUUUGGGUGAUGCUGACAGAAUCAAGUGCCCACCCAGACUUGGGCAGGGUUGGGUAAGGUGAGCCAGCCGCAGGACGGUUGCCUUAUUGGCGCUGGGCUAGGCUCUGGCAGCAGAGCUUGUGGGAGACCAGGCCUUCUGGUGGAGAGGCCAGGCCUGGGGCUUGCCCCAUCAGAUUUUGAAGCAAAAUUGUUUUAGUUGUUUUUUUGUUUUUGUUU